AUGAGUGGCAAUAUUAAGGUCGUUGUGCGUUGUAGACCUUUAAACGCAAGAGAAAAGGCCAGAAAUGCGCCCUGUUUGAUUCGCAUGGAAGGCAACAAAACUGUUUUAAGUAAACCUGUCUCUCCCGGCUCGACAGUUCUCGAAGACCCAAAAGCAUUCACUUUUGAUCAAUCUUAUUGGUCCGCUGACAAAGACGAUAUCGACUAUGCAGAUCAAGAGCGUGUCUUUAAUGACCUCGGUAAAGAAUUAUUGGACCAUGCAUUUAAUGGCUACAAUUGUUGUAUUUUUGCUUAUGGUCAAACCGGUUCUGGUAAAUCCUAUUCUAUGAUGGGUUAUGGUGAAGAUAAAGGUAUCAUUCCCAGAACAUGUCAUGAACUAUUUGAACGCAUUGCCAGUAAAAGAGAAGCCAAUUUAGACUUCCAAGUCGAAGUUUCUUAUAUUGAAAUUUAUAAUGAAAAAGUACGAGAUUUGCUUAAUCCUCGCAACAAAAGUAAUUUGAAAGUCAGAGAGCAUCCCGUCUUGGGUCCUUACGUCCAAGAUUUAUCCCGUCUUGCUGUCAACUCAUAUGAAAACAUUGACCAACUCAUGGACGAAGGCAAUAAAGCCAGAACAAUUGCUGCUACCAACAUGAAUGAAACAUCUUCCCGUUCACAUGGUGUCUGUACCAUUUUUCUAACUCAAAAAAUCACAGAUCCUACGACGAAACAAGUAACUGACAAAGUUGCCCGUAUUAGUCUUGUCGAUUUAGCUGGUAGUGAACGUGCUAACAGUACGGGUGCUACAGGUGCCCGUUUAAAAGAAGGUGCUAAUAUUAACAAGUCGCUUACAACACUCGGUAAAGUCAUUGCCGGUCUUGCCGAGCAAUCUUCAGUUGUUGAAACAAAAUCCAAGUCAAAAAAAUCCAAGGAAGCCUUUAUUCCCUUCCGUGACUCAGUCCUUACCUGGCUUCUUAAGGACUCUUUGGGCGGUAAUUCAAAGACCUGUAUGAUUGCCGCCAUUUCACCUGCUGAUUAUGAUGAAACUCUCAGUACACUCAGAUAUGCUGAUCAAGCCAAGAAGAUCAAGACAAAGGCUGUUGUGAACGAAGACCCUAAUGCAAAAGCAAUGCGUGAACUCAAAGAUGAAGUAGAAGCACUUCGACAAGCAUUGAUGGUCUACGCUCCUGAAGAAGUUGAGAAGAUUCAAGUCAAGGCGCAUCCUACAAAGAAAAAGCCGGUGGCAAAUAAUAGCACAGUAUCAGCCACAACAACAACAACACCGGUAAUUGCUAAUAAGCCUAGCAAUACAAAACCUUGUUCAUUAGCUCCUCCUACUACUUCAGCCGCAUCACCUACCAGUUCUAAAUCAACUGUCGUCUUUACAGAUGCUUCAGGCAAUAUUACUCAGCUCACAAAAGACGAAAUGGUGGAUCAACUACAGAUGACGGAAAAACUCUUGAGCGAAUUAAACCAAACCUGGGAAGAAAAGCUCCAGACAACCGAAAAGAUUCAUGUCGAUCGAGAACAUACCCUUAAAAACUUGGGUAUCACCAUCGAAAAAAAUCAAGUAGGGUUAUAUACACCCAAAGAGAUUCCUUAUUUGAUCAAUUUGAACGAGGAUCCUUUGAUGUCCGAGUGUUUGAUGUACAAUAUUAAGCCUGGUAUUACACAUGUCGAUAAAUAUGCACCAGAGUCCGAAGAAGCAGAACCAGAUAACAAUGCCAACAAUAGCUCUAUUAUUCGCCUUAGUGGCACUAAUAUCAACAAAGAUCACUGCCACUUUGAAAAUGUCGAUAAUGUUGUCACUUUAUAUCCUCGUGAAGAUUGUACUACCAUGGUCAAUGGUAGACGCAUCACUGAGCCCAAGCGUCUUAAGAGCGGAUAUCGUAUUAUUCUUGGCGACUAUCAUGUCUUUCGAUUCAAUAACCCGAGCGAAGCCAAAAAAGAGCGUGAAAUCAUUCAACAACAAGCACAAGAAAACGAACCUGUUCGAGCUGAUUCACCAUGCACACCCACUUCGCCUACUUUUGAAAACGGUCUCAUGUCUCCUCCUUUGAACGAAGUUAUGGAUUGGAAUUUCGCUCGCCGUGAAGCUAUGCUCAACACUUAUAUCAAUGAUUCUAACUUUAAUAACCUUACUGAUGAAGAUUUGGACAAAUUGUUUGAUGAUGUUGCCAAAGUACGAGUGAUUCGUAAACGCCAGUCUGCUUCUUCUGAUACUCUUUCACGACGCACCUCUUCGUCUUCCUCUUUCCGCCGCAGUACUUACUCCUCUGUCUUUAUGGACGAUCUUAAUGAUAGUGACUACACUACAGAUACCAGCACUGUCUCUUCCACUUCAUCUUCUCGCUCUUCUAUUGGCGAAAACUACUUUAUGAUGUCUAAAGAAGAACAAGAAAUGCAUAUGGAACAACACCGACGAAAAUACCAAGCCAAAUUACGCCGUCUUUCUCGUCGUUUGUCUCAUGCUCCUCCUGUGGCUCUUACUCCUAGAGAAAAAUUACUUGCUUCUAAAGUGGCUGCUCAUUGGCGACGCAAGCGUAAUGUGGCUAUGGCCAAGGUUAUUCUAACGCAUGAUAUUCAUGUCAGACAGGCCAAUGAAAUGGCUCUCAAGGCAAAAAAAGACGUCUUUUACCAAUUUGCUGUGGUUCAUGAUACCAUGUCCGCUACUGCUGUCUCUCAUUGGGAAUCCAAUCAUGGCGCACAGCAUCAAAAGAGCACUCUAGACGCUGACCUGAUCAAGACACCCAAACCCUGUAUUGCCAUUCAAGUGGUAGACCAAAAGCACCAAUCUGUCCACAUUUGGUCUAUUGAGAAGUUUUUGGCUCGUCUUCGUUACCUUCAAGGUGCUUACUUUGCUUCCGACUCCAAGAAACACAUGAAGGGUGAAGAUUUGUUUUAUGAAUCUGAACAACCUCCUGCUUACACACUUGUGGGUCUUGCUAAAGUACCUCUUCGUAACUUGACUACUCAAGUGCCUGUUGAAAGCACUGUCUCUGUUCAUUGUCGCAACACGGGCGAAAAGAUGGCUGAUUUGCGUGUCGCUAUUGCACCUAUUGCUCGUUCGGUGCGUCAUCCUUAUCGCAGUAGUGCUUCCUCCGUCAGCUCAGCUGAAGACCCCAACGAGCCCAUCAUGGACGAUGAAAAUCCUCGUAGUUUGUUACAUGUAGGCCAGCAACUCGUGUUUGAGAUUUCGAUUGUUGAUAUUUCUGGUUUAGACCCCAAACUCUUCUCUCGCGUACAUGCUCAAUUCCGUUUGUCUACUUUUGGAAGUAACUUGGAGGGUGUAUUUGCCUCUGAAGCCAAAGAAUACACUUAUAAGGGCACACUCGAAUUCAACUACCAUCAAACAUUGUCUAUGGCUAUCACACAAGACAUUCUUAAUAUCAUUAAAACCAAGGAUAUCACGUUUGAAGUCUAUGGUCAGCCCAACAAGCAAUACUUGCAGCAAGUUGCGCUGUCUAUCAACAACCGUGUCAAGAUGGCUGCUGAAGCCGAUACACCACCUGUUGUCAUGCCUAUCAAGAAAUCAGAAGAUGUGAUCACUCGUAUCCAAAUCUGCGAAAUCACACCUGAUGGUGACUAUAAGCCUGUGCCUGUUGAAUCAACUGUGACUCACAGUGGUGAUGUGAUUGGACAAAGCGAUACAUUCUCAUUACAACAAGGUCAACAACGUCGAGUCGUUGUGUCUCUUCAAAAUGCUUCUCUUGAUAAAAUUGUCGAUAUGCGUAUUGGUCAUAUUCGCUUGAUGGACAGCAAACAACGCAUUCUUGAAUCACCACUUAGCAUUGCUGAAGUACCUCUUAACUUGAUCUCCAAUAGCAACAAAGACGGUGUAUGCACUGCUCAUGGUGCCUGGGACAGCUCCUUGCAUGAUACUUUGUUGUUAAAUGCUGUGACCCCGAAUGCUCAACGUGUUGUCAUCUCUCUGAUGUGGACAGUCCGUCAAAAAAUGCUGUUGAACGGCAACGAAGUUGAUGUUGCUGUCAAGUUUGAAAAGGACUUAUUUGUCCAUAUUAAGGAUCAAAACAAGGCAGCUACUAUCAAAAAGAAAUCCAAUCCUCAAAACAAGCGCGGUUCUGUUAUCCUCAACUUCUUUUCUCUUAAAUCAAGUAGUCACAUCAAGAACCAAACCACUAGUUUAUUUGUGAUUGGAUACCGUCCUGAAUUGUUUGGUGGCGUGCUUGAUUUACCAUUAGCUGAUUUACCUGCUCAAGUCUUGGGUAGCUAUGAACAACAGCGAUUGGCCAUGCUGAAGCGUGAAGAAGUAGAAUCGAUGCGUUAUGCUGUUCAUUUGACUGAACAAUUAGAUCGUCUAUGUGGGCCUAGUGUUCAAAAAGAUGAGAGCAAGGCUCCUUUGACUGAACAAGCCAUUAUGGACAUGUGGUUAAAGAAGCAUGAAUACCAGCAACCUCAAGCUUCUCAAGUGAAAGAAACCUUUAUUAAGCCUGUGGUGCGUCGUUGGAUCCCUCAAGUGCAUCAAGUGAUGGUGCCUGCUAUGCCAGAAGAAUCGAGUCGAUCCAAAAAGGGUUACUUGAUGCGCAAGAAUGACAGCGAUGGUAAAGAAUGGGACAAAUACUGGUGUAUUUUAAUGGGUAAAUUCUUGUUCUUAUACCCUGAUCAAAACGAAACAAGUGAAGUGGAUAUUCUUCAUAUUAAGAAUGUUCACAGAGAAGAUAAAACUAUGGAUACUAUGAAAUCUAAAACACUUUUUACGAUUGAUACCCUUUAUGAUUCACAUACAUUUCAAGCACCUGAUAAUGCUACUAUGACCGAAUGGGUUAACAUGAUUGACUGA